AUGGCAGAAGUGCUCGGCGCCAUUUCCGCAGUUGUUUCUCUCAUCGAGGUUUCGAUCAAGAUCUACGACGGUGCUCGGAAGGACAUCAAAUUGCCUGAGACAUUCGACGCUGUUCGACACCAACUCCCCGUCAUUCUCGAUAUUCUCACGAAAUGCAAGAGUCACCUUGAACGAAGAGCAGACUCACUGGCCGAAAAUGUGUGCGAAGCCUUGGAAAAGAUCAUCGAGUCUUGUGAGGAUGAAGUCACCAAGCUAAAGAACAUCUUUGAAAAAAUGAUCACUGGUGACGGCGAUUCAUGGAAGAAACGAUAUUGGAAACUGGUGAAAAGACUCGGAAAAGGAAACAAGGUCGAAGAGCUCAUGGAAUCAAUCACCAAACAAGUCCAACUCCUUGUCAAUCACAAUUCAGUUAGAUCUGGUAAUCAACAGCAAAACGCCCAGCUUCAAGAGAUCCUCCGAGAGAUGAAAUCCAUUGAAUCCUCAGAAGAAGAACAUACCGGCAUAUACAUCUCCAACGGAGAUGGAACUCAGACCAACAACAUCAAUCGGGACGGGGGGAACUUGCACAAUCACACUGGCACCUACGCCAAUAGUGGACAUGUUGGAUCACAGACUUUCAAUAUUGUCACUCGACAGAAAAAAAACUUCAGCUUUCGUCCACCAGUUGGUGACUGUCUCGGCCAAGCACCUUUUCUGGCUCCAGAGCUCUUUGUUGGGCGUUGCUCUGAGAUUGUGGAAAUUGCACAAGCCUUGAACCCAGCCCAGAAGGUUCACAACCAACGGCGCCUAGUUCUUGGUGGAAUGGGCGGUGCCGGCAAGACCCGGCUUGCUAUUGCUUACGCAAAGUCGCACGCUGCAUCUUAUACCUCCAUGUUUUGGUUGAAUGCAACGUCUGAAGCUUCACUCAAAGAUAGUUUCAGGUUGAUCGCCAAUCUCAUCUUCAAUGCCCAGGAUCCCCGUCCCUUGAAGAGCGAAGGGAUUGUCGAACUAGUACAUCGGUGGCUAUCUGAUUCCGCAAAUGCCGGAGCGUUGUUGAUCUAUGAUAACUAUGAUGACCCAAGCCAGUAUGAUAUCAACAACUAUUACCCACCUUGUUCCCAGGGGUCGAUCCUAGUCACCACGCGAGUUCCAGCCCAGGUCGCAGGUCUCGUUCUCGAUGUAAAGCCUUUCCAGGAUAUCAACGACAGUCUCGCAAUUCUUCAAACCCGAUCAAAAAGAGAAAAUGUUCAAUCAGACCCUGAUGCAACGCGCCUUGCCAAGCGACUUAAUGGCCUUCCGCUUGCUUUGGCCACCGCUGGGACAUAUCUACAGCGAAGCAAUUUCACUUUUGCACGCUACCUGGAAGAGUACGAAAAGCGCUGGAAUAUUCAUCCCAGCAAUCCUACACAACUUCAAGAUUACCGUGAGCAUACACUUUUCACAGCUUGGAACCUCUCAUACGCCCAGCUAGAAACCAACAGCCCCCUCGCGGCAAAAUUAUUGAAGUUAUUGGCGUACUUCGGUAACGAGAACCUCUGGUAUGAGCUUUUCCAAGAUGGAAUCAGCGAAAGCUCUCCCCGGUGGCUUCUUGAAGUGGUUCCUGAUGAAGUGACCUUCCACGGAGUGGUAGCAUUUCUAACCGAGUACUACUUUCUGGAAGGCCACUUGACAUCAAAGUCAUGGAGCAUGCAUAAUUGUGUGCAUGACUGGACAUUGGCCGUACUCAAUAAGGGUAUUGAUAUGGAGUCCUACUGGUUCGCAUUAGAUUGCGUCCAUGCAACUAUCGAUGCGUUUGAUCGGUAUGAUUUUGAACGUAUCAUUUUUGCCCGAUCAGCUGGUCAUGCAACACGACUAGUAGAACAGCGGUUCCUUAAAAAUGAUAUUGCUCAUGAUUCUACGCCUGAUCAAAUCACCAAGCUCUCACACGUUGCACAAUUACUUCACCACCAGUCUCAAAUGGCUGCUGCGGAGCAGAUGUACCAGCGGGCACUAGCUGGGUAUGAGGAAAUACUCGGUCCGAAGCAUGAGUUUACCCUUAAUGCCGUCCACAAUAUUGGCCGUCUCUAUCGUGAUCAAGACAAACCAGAUAAGGCCGAAGAGAUGUACCAGCGGGCACUAGCUGGGUAUGAGGAAACCCUCGGACCGAACCAUCAGUCAACCCUUACUGCCGUCCACAAUAUUGGCGUUCUCUAUUAUGAUCAAGGCAAACCAGAUAAGGCCGAAGAGAUGUACCAGCGAGCACUAGCUGCGUAUAAGGCAAUACUCGGACCGAACCAUCAGUCAACCCUUACUGCUGUCCACAAUAUUGGCCUUCUCUAUCGUGAUCAAGGCAAACCAGAUAAGGCCGAAGAGAUGUACCAGUGGGCACUAGCUGGGUAUGAGGAAAUGCUCGGUCCGAACCAUCAGUUAACCCUCAACGCCGUUCAUAGUAUUGGCCUUCUCUAUUAUGACCAAGGCAAACCAGAUAAGGCCGAAGAGAUGUACCAGCGGGCACUAGCUGGGUAUGAGGAAAUACUCGGACCGAACCAUCAGUCUACCCUUAAUGCCGUCGACAGUAUUAGCAUUCUCUAUCAUGAUCAAGGCAAACUAGAUAAGGCCGAAGAGAUGUACCAGUGGGCACUAGCUGGGUAUGAGGAAAUGCUCGGACCGAACCAUCAGUCAACCCUUAUUGCCGUCCACAACAUUGGCCUUCUCUAUUAUAUUCAAGGCAAACCAGAUAAGGCCGAAGAGAUGUACCAGCGGGCACUAGCUGGGUAUGAGGAAAUACUCGGACCGAAGCAUAAAUCCACCCUCCAGGUCUUUAAGAAUCUUGACGGCCUCUUGCGAGCACAGGGAAAGCUAGACAAAACGAUACGAAUGUCCAAGCAGCGAAGACUACGGGAUAGACUUCGAUUGCUAGGAUCCUACAUUGGAUUGUGA